AAGUAAUCUAAUAACAAUUUGGGUCUAUAUUCAUCAUAGGAUCUGCUCUCUAGACUUAAUCCUCCUUAUCCUUCCGCGAAUCAACAGCUGUUCGGCUUGGAAAGUGAAAACCGACUCGACCCAGUUCAGCAGCUUCUUGUACACGGUGAGUUCAGUUCAGAUCACAUCGGAUCACAUCGCCCUGGUUUGUGCCUCCAGCUCAUUGGCUAAAUGAAUGUUUGAUGUCGGACAGCAUGGCAGAGAGCAUCUCCCCAUUAACCUUCCCUGCCCGGGUGGUGACGCAAGAGCGAGCCGUCUUUCACCUUUCAUCCUCCUGAUCGACACGUGUUGGUCCAUGGAUACCAGCACCCUCAGCCAACAGGUAGAGAGCAUCGAGCGGAACAUCAAAUUCUUGCAAAAGGAGCAUCAGGUCCUAUUGACUGGCUUGCGACUGGAGAUCCGUCACCUGAAGAAGAGAUGUAACGAUCUGAGUUGUGAACUGAGCAAAAGUUCUCCUGUGAGAAACAGAGACGACAUAGCAGCUGAGGAGGAAUUACUGCAGGCUCGGUUAUUACAGACAGAGCAUCAUCUCACCGAACAGGUGUGCUAUCAGGGGGAGCUAAAAGCCAAGCUGCGACACAAAGGGGAGCAAGCGAGCGCUCUGCAGGUGCGACUGCGCGAUGAGGAGCGGCGCUUUUUGGAGGAGCUAAAAAGACGCAGCCAUAAGAUCACGGCACUUAGCCGUGAUCUCCGGAAGCAGACAGACAUCGCUGCCCAGCUCACGUUCCAACUCCACUCAGCACGCUUCAGCCUCUAUCAUCAAGCAGAGGAAGAAGGUGAGGAAGAGGAAGGUGAAAGAGACAAGAAGGGUCCGGGCUGUUUGUCAAGUUCUCCGCAGGUCUCAACAGCCAGAGCAGACGCCAGACAUCGUAACCACUAUUCAGCAAGAUUGAGAAGGUCAGAGCGAGUUAGGGAAUGUGUGCCACAGGAGCGUGUACUGAGGCCGGAGAAGCCCCGCCCAAUGCCUGACCCUGCCCUAUUCCUGUAUCCCUUCCCACAGAGGCUCCUCCCACCACACAUAUCCUUGGGAGGGCACUGUAGGGAAGGCGAUUCACAAAGGCGGAUGGGUAGACUACGGACCCGAGCAGUGAGAGAGGAUACCGGACCAGAGACUACAGAUUUAUAGUGCAACAGUGAGAUAAAGCCUGAUCAGUUACACUUUAGUUCAGUUGCAUAGUCUUCUACUGGUUUAGCCAACUGAUAAAGCUCAUAUGGAACAACCUAGCGAAUUAUUUCUUACCGCACCUUUUCUCACACAUUUGAGCAGUGGCGGUUCUCGCACAGGCGCAGGUAUGUCUGAGCUCUAACAUUUAUAUCGUCAAAUCUUAAUCUACACAGUCAUCAAUCUCAGCUCCAUGCAUUUUGAAAUACAAAUCACCUCUUUUUAGUGUCUAAAGAUUUUCUCCAUUCAGUUUUACAGAGUAUUUAAUGCACCUACUGGUCAAAAUGGGAACUGCACCAAACAUUACAAGAAGCCUGAUGGGGCUGGAAUCACUCUGCCCCAUGAUUAACAUAUCAGAAAGUGAAGGAGGAGCAGCGGGCAGGACAGUUAAUGACAGGGUUGCCAGGGUUAUAUGUUUUAAGCCAAAUUUGAGUAGUCUUGUUUAAUACUUAUAAUCAGAAUCUAAUAAACUUCCCGAACCGAAGGCAAGCCACGGUAUAACUGCAAAAAGUAUGUCGAUGAUGUACACCAGAAUCAUUUCAUUUAGAAGAUAUAGUACAAAGAUUAGAAGAGGAAAAGAGGGAUUAUUAUUAAGUUGUUAAUAUUCAUACAUCAGGAAUGUAUAAGCAGAAUGAUGACCUUGUUCACCACAAAAAAACGUUAAAAAAAAAAAAAUCUUGUCCUUCUAUUAUGGAAUAGUUUGUUUGGUUUUGGUGGUGUCUCUGGCCUGGUUUUUUUUCUUUCCCCCCGAAACCUGGCAACCCUGAUUAAUGAUAAAAUCUCUUUGAGAAGCUGAUCUACUACAGUAUAUGGAACACAGUUAAAUAAAGUUAUAAAUAGGCCGUAUGCUGAAUCACUGUAGUGACCGUGUUGUUAAAUUUUACCUGCUUCUUAACUGAUAAAAAUUCACUCGAUAGUAGCCUAUAGCAUGAGUCAUGUGUGAUAGCAUCUCUACAUCAUUGUGCCUGAGGUUCUGUCGUAUUUGAUGCCAGCUGCUGACGUAUUUGAUGUCUAUCGGGACGAUCAGGGUGGAUCUCUUGUCCUUUUUCUAGUAGAAUGAUGUUUAACCACUUAAAAAAAUGUAAGUGCACACAUACAGAAUGAAGUAGUCAGUGCUCUCAUAAAAGCUUUUAGCUGUUCAGUGUUGUUGACCUGCAGUUAAUGAAGUAGUAGAAGGACUCUCUCUCUCUCUCUCUCUCUCUCUCUCUCUCUCUCUCUCUCUCUCUCUCUCUCUGUCUUUCUCUUUCUCUCUCUCUGUCUUUCUCUCAGGCUGGUAUCUUUGUGAGUCUUGAUUCUUGAGUCGAUUUGUCUUUCACACUCUCUCUCUCUCUCUUUCAUGCUCUCUCUCUCUCACUCUCUCUCUCUCUCUCUGUCUUUCUCUUUCUUUCUCUCUGUCUUUCUCUCAGGCUGGUAUCUUUGUGAGUCUUGAUUCUUGAGUCGAAUUGUCUUUCACUCUCUCUCUCUUCUCUCUCUUUCAUGCUCUCUCUCUCACUCUCUCUAUCUCUCUCUUUCACACACACACUCUCUCUCUCUCUCUCACUCUCUCUAUCUCUCUCUCUUUCAUGCUCUC